AUGACUGCACCAGUCACGUAUGCAGCCCCUGCGCCUGGUACCACCGGGUCAAGCACUGCCAGCCCUUAUGCUGCUCCAGUGUCCUACGGAGCUCCAGCCCCGGUCACCUAUGCGGCUCCGGCGCCUGGCGGAGCUCCUGCCACCACCGGCCCGGUGACCUACGGAGCUCCUGCGCCUGCCACCUACGGCGCUCCGGCCCCGGUGACUUAUGCGGCUCCGGCGCCUGGCCCUGUUACCUACGGAGCUCCAGUGCCUGCCUACACAGCUCCGGCCGCCACAACCAGCCCUGUGACCUACACGGCUCCUGCAGCCACAACUAGCCCGGUGACCUACACAGCUCCAGCCGCCACUACAAGCCCGACAGUUCCGGCCACCACUACAAGCCCCACCGCUGUGGCACCAGGCUCAUCUCAAGCAAUGGCCCCUAUGUCAUCCUCGGCUGCAGUGGCGGCGCCGAUCCAGAGCAUGCCAGCGACGACCACCCCGGUCACCACCUACACAGCUCCAGCCGCCACUACCAGCCCGGUUACCUACACAGUGCCGGCUGCCACCACGGCGCCUGCCACUACCGGCCCGGUCACCUAUGGAGCGCCGGUUCCUGCCACGACUGGCCCAGUGACUUAUGGAGCUCCGGUUCCCGCCACCGGCACCAGCCCUUACGGAGCUCCGGUCAGCUACGGUGCUCCGGCACCGAGCACCACCAGCCCUUAUGGAGCCCCGGUCUCCUACGGAGCUCCGGUGCCUGCCACGAGCCCGGUCGUCACCUACGCAGCCCCAGCGCCUGCCCCUGCCGGCCCGGUCACCUACGCGGCUCCGGCGCCUGCCACGAGCCCGGUUGUCCCAUACGCAGCCCCGGCGCCUGCCACCUACGGGGCUCCGGCGCGGCCCUCAGAUGAGUCAUCGAGAUUUCGAGGGAAUCAUGGCAGUGCAGAGCAAGAGGCCCGAAGCCCGAAACCCUAA